GCGGCUGUCAUUCCCAACUGUCUGCUCUAAAUAAAGCUUUCUACUUUUGAACGAGUCCCUGCCUUAUGGAUCUGCAGGGAGUUGUAGUCCAGACUAUUUCUACAGGCGCUGCGGGUGUGUCUUGAAGUCAGUGGCUCGGUCAGGAAUAGUAAUCCAACCCGGUGCAACAGGAGUUGUUGGUUCUGGUACGAACGUUCCAGGUUCUCCAUUCCAGGGUUCGUAGGAGAAUCCGGAAGAAGUCGGAGGUUCACGGUGGACAUCAAGUCGCACAGACAGAAUGUUCAGACUCCGCUUCUUACCAGCUGUGGCCGGGCUUGCAGCCGUCUCCCGUCGGUACCAUGGAGUGGCUAAUCAUACAAGGAGUAGAAGGAGGCUUAUGAUGGCAGCCUUUGUUGGAGCUACAGCAGUGUCUGCCAGUGCUGGAUUGCUGUGGAAGAGAGCUAAUGCUGAAGCUCAGUCUUCUGUAAAGCUCAACAUGAGGGACGAAACCAGUGAAAAGGAGAAAGAUCCAGAUCAGGCUGUGGAGUCAAGUGAUGAAGAGCAACCACAAGAAGGAAAGAAGAAAAAAAUGCGUGUUGGCUUCAGGGACCGUAAGGUGAUGGAAUAUGAGAAUAGAAUCCGAGCUUAUUCUACACCAGACAAAAUCUUCAGAUACUUUGCAACUUUGAAAGUGAUUCACGAAUCAGGGGAGUCUGAAGUAUUCAUGACACCUCAAGAUUUUGUAAGGUCAAUAACACCAAAUGAGAAACAACCAGAAAAUUUGGGCUUGGAUCAAUUUAUCAUAAAGCGAUAUGAUGGAAAGGAUUUCUGGCAGACAGAGAAAAUUUCACAAGAAAGGGAGAAGUUUGCAGAUGAAGACAGCAUAUUCUACUCUUUGGGAGAGUGUGGACUAAUCUCUUUUUCAGAUUACAUUUUUCUCACCACGGUUCUUUCAACUCCUCAGCGGAACUUUGAAAUUGCAUUUAAAAUGUUCGACCUUAAUGGAGAUGGAGAAGUGGACAUGGAAGAGUUUGAACAGGUGCAAAGCAUUAUUCGAUCUCAGACCAGCAUGGGUAUGCGUCACAGAGAUCGAGCAACCACUGGAAACACCUUAAAAACUGGGUUCAGUUCUGCUCUCACCACCUAUUUUUUUGGUGCUGAUUUAAAGGGGAAGUUGACAAUCAAAAACUUUCUCGAAUUUCAGCGUAAGCUCCAGCAUGAUGUACUAAAACUUGAAUUUGAGCGUCAGGAUCCUGUAGAUGGACAUAUCACUGAGCGCCAGUUUGGCAGCAUGCUCCUGGCAUACAGCGGGGUGCAAUCAAAAAAGCUCACUCACAUGCUUAAGCAGCUAAAGAAGCGCUUCAAAGAUGGAGAGGGGCUGACAUUUGAAGAGGUGGAAAAUUUCUUUACCUUCUUGAAGAAUAUAAAUGAUGUGGACACAGCCCUGAGCUUUUACCAUAUGGCUGGUGCUUCACUCGAUAAAGUUACGAUGCAGCAAGUUGCCAGGACGGUGGCGAAAGUGGAGCUGUCAGAUCAUGUGUGUGAUGUAGUCUUUGCCUUGUUUGACUGUGACGGGAAUGGAGAGCUCAGUAACAAGGAAUUUAUAGCCAUCAUGAAGCAGCGGCUGAUGCGAGGCCUGGAGAAGCCAAAAGACAUGGGAUUCACUCGCCUGAUGAGAGCCAUGUGGAAAUGUGCCCAGGAGACGGCCUGGGACUUCGCUAUGCCAAAACAGUAACUCAACUGGGUAGGAAAAGGAAUCCAGGGCCUUAAUAAAGCCAGACAAUAUAGGCUGUAUACAGAGUGCUUUAUCACUGAUCUCUCAAGGUUUCUUCCCUAGGAGCAAUAUACAUAGAUUGACACCCAGGUGACUGCAGUAAACAGUUUGCCUGCUAUACCCGUGUUGAUGCAUUUUCACGCUUGUGAUUGUUUCUCUGAAGACAAUUCCUUUGGAUUCUGGCACAGCAUUAAGUUUCACUCCUUGUCAUUGGUUCUUAACAAAUCGAUCAGUGGCUUGAGUGCAAAGUGUGAGGUUAUAGCUGGGGCAAACACACACACACACAUUUACAGGUAAAGUGGAGAAAGACACAAACAGUCUGCAUAUGCUUUAGUUACAAGGUAUAUUCAGAGAUAACAAUUUCUUCAAUACAUUUGAAAAUUCCCAUUUUGAUCACAUGACAAACUUGGUGUUUCUCUGCCGGUGGAGAAACAGCCGGACCUGGCAGUUCUUAUUGUUAUUAUAAUCUUAAUGGGCACCAGUAAUUUCCAUUAUAGUCAAUGACAGGAGGCAUGGCCAGGUUCAUGGCUGGUGGAAAUAAACACCACAUAUGAUAUUAGCCGAACCCCCAUGUGUAAUAAAAGGCACUACGUUUUCCCAGGUGCGAUAAUGCAUAGCAACCAAUUAAAUGUUUACUUCUGAACAGCCAACCCGUAAAUACUACCAGCUUAGUUGUUGGUACAGGUUACUGCACUUGGCUAAACGAACCCCUAUACGCAUUAAAAGCCACUUUAAGUGCAGUAAUCCAUAGCAGCCAAUAAGAGGCUUCAUUUUAAACUAUAGGUGAACUGUAGCAUUACUUUGCACUUUAUUACAUAACCCCUCCCCCUUAGUAUCUUUUAUUACAUAAUGCCAUUAGUUUAUUGACUUCAUUGAGAAAAUCCUUUUCUCAUCUGUUCUGAGAAUACAGCCAUUUGUGAUUAAUUUAAAGAAUAAUGGCAAAUAAAUACAAAUCGUAUUCAGUGGGUUAUUUAAACAGACAGUCGUGGGUGGUUACAUCAGGACACAACUUCUUGUGAUUGCUUCAAUCCCCAGCACUCCUAUCAAAGCACAACUUACAACAAUGGCUUGCAUGUGUGCAGUUACAAUUAAAGGGAACCUGUCACCAUAAGAAAUCCGAAGUCUGAAUUCUAUUUUAUAAUGUUAGUCAAGCAAAAUGAACUUCAUUUGUAAUAAAAAAAAAAUGUAAAUCUUGUUGUUUUUUUUUAGUCAUGGAAUUUAAAUUCACAGCAAGCAGGCAGGUGCCAUUCAGCACAAUUCAUCAGAUUUAAUAAUCAGCCCUGUUGGCUUAUAAGACAGGCCAACCUCACUUUCUACUUGAUGAUUUGCAAUGACCCCUAAGCUUUGCUUCUCAACAGCUGCUCAAAACACUGAGCAUGUGCGUGGCACAGUCACUCCUAACAAAAUCCAAGAUGGGAAACUCCUGUGUCAACUUUGAAGACCUGGAUCAUUACUACUAUAGAGAUACUGAACCUUUAGGCUGUCUCAGUAUAUAAAAUAUGGCAUUUCUAGCCUUAUUCAUUUUUAAGGUCUAGUUCUCCUUGAAUCACUAAUGGCUGGAUUGUUCUACAAACUGUAAAUCAUCCCAUGUACAGAUUAAGAAUCAUUGACAAAGGUCUCUCUGUCUUUAUUUUAUGUUUAUUUCAUCUAGUAACUUAAUAAAAUGCAUGUUCUGUUUUCUUGCCUACCAUCGCCAACACCUGUGCAGCUGUGAAAUAAUUUUUUUUUUUUUAGCACAGUUUUGCCAUGAACCUACAUAGAAACAAAUAUGCAUUUACUGAUGCAGCCAGGGUCAGACUUGGCCCGCCAGGAGACCGGGAAAAAACCCAGUGGGGCCCCCUGGCUCUUGUGGGCCCUGCUGGCCCAGAUCCGCUUCCUAAUGCCGCAACCUCCCUUUGUCGGUUGUUGCGGCAAAACAAAUUUGCGCAUAUUCAUUGGCCCUCCAGUGCAACAUGGGGGGCCCUGCGGCAGUAUCAGGGCCAACAGGAGCAACUCAAUAAGGGACCCAGAAGUCAUAGUGUUAACUGUCUGAUUCCAAACGGGAGGGGAAUGGUAUUGGCAAAUGGCAAAUUAAAAUAAUUUAUACAUCUUGUAAAUGUGCAUGGAUGAUAUAAAUAAUUUUUUCUUAAUAAAAAGCAAAGUAUAGGCAAUGUAGGGUAUAAGUAAAUAUAGCCAGUGCUAAGGGUGGGGCAUGUUGUGCUAACAUUUAAUUCAUAUUCAUUUGGUGAAAGAUGAUGCUGUACAUUUGUGUUUGGCUCAUGUAAAUAAGCAAUAAAGUUAUUUUUUUGAAACCUC